GAGCGAGGUGGCAACAACUCCUUCACCCAUGAGGCCCUCACGCUUAAGUACAAACUGGACAACCAGUUUGAGCUGGUGUUUGUGGUGGGUUUUCAGAAGAUCUUGACUCUGACCUACGUGGACAAGUUGAUAGACGACGUCCACAAGGAGUUCCGGGACAAGUACCGCAAUGAGUUCCAGCAGAAGGGCACCCUGGGCCUCCUAAAUGGCACCUUCGACUUCAAGGAGGACUUCCUGCGUCUCCUCCGGGACGCAGAGGAGAGCAGCAGGGUCCGAGCUCCCACGGUGAUGAAGACGUUUGAGCAGUCUCUGAAGUCUCAGAAGACUGUCAAGUGUAUGAUAGAAACCCGGGGGGAGAAACCAAAGGAGAAGGUCAAGACCAAGAAGAACAAAGGUUCCAAAAAAGAAGGAUCUGAAGCUGUGGUGGCACCUGGCAAAGCGGCCGUGGGUGAGAAGCAGCCCCUGGCAGCUGGGGACAGGGAGGAGCUGACCAAGGAUGAGAUCCUGCAGAAGAACAGGGAGGAAUUCUUCAAGAGACACAUGAAAGCUGGGGAGAAAUCCAGCAGAUCCCCAAAACCUGAGGCUCAGAAGGAGAAGGGGAAGAAGCCCCGAGUGUGGGACCUGGGGAACUCCAACGCCAAAGUCCUGGAUUACAGCAACUCUGCCACCAAUGGCAGCACUGAGGCUUGUCCCGUGGAGGAGUUUGACCACGACCUGGCCCUGGGGGACCGGAAUCGGGAGCCCGGCCGCCUCUACGACCUCGAGUACGAGAGUGAUGAUGAAGUUGAAGAGGAGAAGGUUGUUCAGAACCCUUCCAAAACCAGCACGAAGAAGGGUGGCCUGGGGGGCAUGUUUGGCAUGCUCAAAGGUCUGGUGGGCUCCAAGAGCUUGACCAGGGAGGACAUGGACCCCGUCCUGGAGAAGAUGAAGGAUCAUUUGAUUGCUAAAAACGUGGCCGCCGAGAUCGCCGUCCAGCUCUGCGAGUCGGUGGCCAAGAAGCUGGAAGGGAAAGUGAUGGGCACCUUCACCACGGUGACCUCCACGGUGAAGCAGGCCCUGCAGGAGGCCCUGGUGCAGAUCCUGCAGCCC